CCCCCCUCUCUCCCCCCUCCUGCCUCACCAGAUUUGAUACACAUGCAGACCCUGCUGCCUGUUGCUUCUCAGCAGGGCCAAAAGCUGUUGUGCCUUUGGCCUAGCAUCAGUAGCUACCACUACCAGGAGAUCUUCUUCCCCCUCCUGUGAGAGGUGCCCAACAGCUUCAUCGUCAGAAGAAUCAGCACUUCAGGCAGUAGAAGCUCCUGAGGCAGAGGUUGUUCACAAAGUCUGUUGUUGCUUCAGUUUGCAAAGAAUGAAACCAGAGACAAGACACACUGUCCAGCCCAGCGAGCUGAUACUUGUGUGUGGAGCGGGCAGAGAUAAGAUGGAGAAGGAACACAUCAAGAUGGCCAUGCUGAAGCAAGAACAAACAUUCAGACAGCAGGUUCACGAGCUGCACCGUGUGUACCAUGUUCAGAAGCAGUUGAUGAUGCAGAUGCAGAUAACCAAGACAAACAACUACGGAAACAAAGUUCCCGAAACGCAAACCGAACCGACAGUAAAACUCGAGCGCCAACAAUUGUGUGGUAGCUCAGGCAAGACGGAGGCCAAGCUGGCUGAAGACUUCAACCUGGAGCUGACACUGGCAACUGGGGCUGGAAGGAUGAAGCAGGAGAAGGCAUCCAACUCAGACUCCGAAGCAACAAUGUCGUCAUCGACAUCUGCAGAAUCAGAGUCAGGGCAGAGAUUCAUGCCAAACUCCAAUGUAACAAACCUAAGGUUCCAGAAUGAGAGCAAUAGGCAUGAUGAUCAGGUCAUGCAGUCUCCUUGGCGCUAUCAAUGUUUGAGUCUCAAGAUGGCGUGAAGGAUUAGAUAGGGUUGGCAUGAGAGUGCCCCAGGACUCAAAAAGCUCAAACAAGAGCAAGUGCAUUGCUGCCUGUAUAUUACGAUUUCAUUGCAACUGUAGGAGCGAGCUCAAAAGAAGAAAAUGGAGCAUUUAUGGGCAAA